AUGGUAAAGGAGCAUCCUCCGCCAGCUGUCGACAAUGAUACGCAUUCGACGCACCAUGCCACCACAACGCCUCCCAGCGAGCCCAAUGCACAGAGUGCACCAGCGAGUGCGGUAUCGCCGCCUCCGACGAGCACUGCGAUCCCAGACUCACCAGCGACUCGUUCCACAGCAGCUACUGCUAUCCGCCCACGAUCAGAUUCUCAAUCAACCACUGCGACUACCGCAACCCGCGCAUCCACUCGAUCGACCAGGAGUAGCAUGGUAUUUGUCGUUGCUGCAUUAGAAAGUAUCGCAGCUUCUAAAGAUGCACGCAAGCGGAAGGUGCUGGCAGACUCGACACAGCGGGCCCUGUCAGCCAUCCGAAGUGCUCAAGGAGAUGCUACGCAGAUCGACCCAGAAGUUAUGUUUGCGCCUCUGAACCUGGCCACCGAGGCUUCAACAGUUUCAGUAGUAACGACAGCUCUGGACUGUAUAGGAAAGCUGAUUAGCUAUUCCUACUUCUCUACGCCAGCUGUGUCGGAGGCGCAGAGCGAAUCUGCAGAGGACAGACAAAGGCCGCCGCUUAUUGAGAGGGCCAUUGACACGAUAUGCGAUUGCUUCCAAGGCGAAGCCACUCCUGCCGAAGUGCAGAUGCAGAUUAUCAAGAGCUUGUUGGCUGCUAUUCUCAAUGACAAGAUUGUGGUACAUGGCGCAGGAUUGCUUAAGAGCGUACGUCAGACAUAUAACAUCUUCUUGCUGAGUAAAAGCAGUGCCAACCAGCAGAUCGCUCAAGGCACUUUGAUGCAAAUGGUCGGUACGGUCUUCGAGCGUGUCAAGGUCAGACUUGCGAGCAAGGCUUCGCGGUCAUCUACAAGUCUCAAGACGAAUGGCGCUGAAGCUGCUUCCGAUGUGUCGUCCGUUGUGGGAAGUGACGAAACACCAUCACUUGCUGGUGCUCCUCAGACGCCAGAUAUCGAGAGGGAUGAACCAAAGAUGACUUUGCAGACAUUCGAGACACGUAAAUCUUUCGACGACACGAGGAUAAACGAUACCGCUCCAACUAUGGUCACGAAGAACAAGAAGGCCAGCAAACGGCCUUCAACUUCCGGUUCUGGUGCCGAUGUGCCAUCUAUCACCGUGCAGGGGGAAGGGAGUGACGCGCUAUCCGAAGAUGACGAGGAAGAUGAAAUCUACAUCAAAGACGCAUUCUUAAUCUUCCGCGCCAUGUGCAAGCUAUCGACCAAGCCAUUGCGAAUAGAGGAUGCGGUCGAUAUAAAAUCGCAGGGAAUGCGAUCAAAGCUUUUGAGCUUGCACAUCGUCCACAGUGUUCUCUUCAACCACUCCGUCAUCUUCACAUCUCCGCACGCAACCAUACGAAGCUCUUCAAACGGUGAUCCGACUGGUUUCACGCAGGCGAUCAAGCAGUAUCUUUGCUUGAGCCUUAGCCGAAACGGUGCGAGCAGUAUCAGCAAGGUUUUUGAAGUGGCUUCGGAAAUCUUCUGGCUGAUGACAAAAAACCUGCGUUCGCAAAUGAAGCGAGAAUUGGAGGUCUUCUUGAAGGAGAUAUACAUCGCUAUACUGGACAAGCGGCAAGCUCCAGGGUGGCAGAAAUCAUACAUCAUUCAGCAUAUUUUCGGUCGCAUCGGACAGGAUCCUCGAGCGCUGGUAGAGAUUUAUCUGAAUUAUGACUGUGACCGCCAAGCUAUUGACAAUAUGUAUCAGCGCAUGGUAGAGCAUGUCAGUCGACUAGCAAGUCAACCGGUACCUGUUAGCGGACUUCAGCAACAAGCUUACCUGGAGAGCGUGGCGAGGCAAAACAGCAGUCUCUCCAAUGACUGGCGUGAAAGAGGGACACUCCCACCAAGCUUGACAACUGCGAGCAUGACACAACCGCAUGAGUCUGAGCAAGCCUUCCCUCAAGAAUAUGCUAUGAAGAUGCAAGGACUAGAGGCGUUGGUAGAGACUCUGCGAAGUAUGGUGAAUUGGGGUCAACAGACACCCGCAGAAGUAGCUGCGAGCACCCUGGCUGACGUUGAUGCACGGUUCUCACUGGAUGACCAACAGCGAGAAAGCUUAGACACCAGGGCAAUGGAAUCUGCAGGCCCAAGUGGCGCGUCAACUGACGGCAUUCCAAUGACACCUCGAGAGUUCGAUACACCAGUUGCGGAAGACGAUCCAGAAGAGCUUGAAAAGAUCAAGCAGCGAAAGACAGCACUCAAUGAGGCUAUACGCGCGUUCAAUUUCAAGCCGAAAAGAGGCAUCAAGAUGCUCAUCGCGAAAGGCUUCAUCCUCUCCGAAGAUGCACAAGACAUUGCGAAAUUCUUCUUCAACAACGAGCGUGUGAACAAGAAAUCUCUUGGUGAAUUCCUUGGAGAGGGUGAUGAAGAGAACAUCAAGAUCAUGCACGCUUUUGUAGACCAGAUGGAUUUCACACGCACCCGAUUUGUGGAUGCCCUGCGCAGGUUCUUGCAGGCAUUUCGUCUCCCAGGCGAGGCUCAGAAGAUCGACAGACUGAUGCUCAAGUUUGCCGAAAGAUACACCACCGGCAACCCGAAUGCAUUCGCGAAUGCCGACACUGCAUAUGUACUUGCAUACAGUGUGAUCAUGCUCAACACUGAUCAACAUUCUGCACAGGUGAAGAAACGCAUGACUGUUGAAGACUUCAUCAAGAACAAUCGUGGCAUCAAUGACAACGCAGACUUGCCUGAUGAGUAUCUGCAAGGAAUCUUUGACGAGAUCGCACACAAUGAGAUCGUGCUAGAUACUGAGCGGGAACAGGCUGCUAAUCUUGGCCAACUACCACAACAGCCUACUGGACUUGUCGGUACCUUGGCAAAUGUCGGCCGUGACCUCCAGAGAGAAGCAUAUGCGCAGGCAAGUGAAGAAAUGAGCAAUCGCACAGAACAGCUUUUUAAGAAUCUGCUUCGGGCACAGAAACGAGCCGGAGGUGCAGCAGCCGCUGUGAGCAAAGGCAAAUUCUUGAUUGCCAGCUCCUACAAGCACGUUGGACCCAUGUUCGAAGUGACUUGGAUGAGCUUUCUGACCGCGCUUUCGGGCUCGGCACAGGAGACCCAAACCCUCGAGACAAUACGUCUUUGCAUGGAAGGCCAAAAGCUUGCGGUGCGCAUUGCAUGCCUGUUUGACCUCGAAGACCCAAGACAAGCUUUCGUUUCAAGCUUGAGCAGGAGCACGAACUUGUACAACUUGUCCGAGAUGAAGGCCAAGAACAUGGAAGCGCUACGAGCCUUGAUCGACAUUGCUUACAGCGAGGGCAACCACCUGAAAGAGAGCUGGCGAGACAUACUCACCUGCAUCUCACAGCUUGACCGAUUCCAGCUCAUCUCGAGCGGUGUCGAGGAAGGCGCGAUACCUGACGUGAUGCGAGCGCAAGGAGUGCCGCAGAGUCCACAGGUCAACGGAGCUGGACGAAAGAGCUUGCAAGUCAGCAGGCGGCCGACGACUCGGACUACUCCCAGUGGUGCAUAUCAAGCCGAUAUUGUUGAAGAGACAAGGGGUGCAGACAUGGUCCGCAGUGUCGACCGCAUCUUCACGAACACAGCCAACAUGUCAGGUGAUGCGAUUGUGCAUUUCGUGCGCGCUCUGACGCAAGUCAGCUGGCAGGAAAUCCAAUCUUCCGGCCUCUCAGACCAACCACGAACAUACAGCUUGAAUAAGCUUGUCGAGAUCUCAAGCUACAACAUGACCCGUGUGAGGUUCGAGUGGACAAAUAUCUGGCAAAUCCUUGGACAGCACUUCAUCGAUGUCGGAUGCCACAACAAUACACACGUCGUGCACUUCGCACUCAACAGCUUACGACAGCUCAGUAUGCGCUUCAUGGAGAUUGAGGAGCUCCCCGGUUUCAAGUUCCAGAAGGACUUCCUCAAGCCUUUCGAGCUGAUCCUUAGCAAUGCCUCACAGGUUGCUGUCAAGGAUCUGGUACUGCGCUGCCUCAUCCAAAUGAUACAGGCUCGCGGAGACAUGAUCCGAUCUGGGUGGAGGACCAUGUUUGGCGUCUUCACAGUCGCCGCCAAGGAACCAUACGAGAGCAUUGUCAAUCUUGCCUUUGACAAUGUAACGCAAGUGUACAAUGAGCGAUUCGGCGUUGUGGUGUCGCAAGGCGCUUUCGCUGAUCUGGUCGUAUGCUUGACAGAGUUCAGCAAGAACAUGAAGUUCCAGAAGAAGAGUUUGCAAGCCAUCGAGACGUUAAAGUCUUCCGUGCCGAAGAUGCUCAGAACACCGGAGUGUCCUCUUUCACUGAAAGCACCAGGCUCGAAGGAUGCUCCUCAAGCCGAGAACAUCCCUAAGCAACCCAUUCGCCAGACACAAGAAGAGCAGUACUGGUUGCCUGUACUGUUCGCUUUCCAUGAUGUGCUCAUGACUGGCGAGGAUCUCGAGGUCCGCUCACGAGCACUCAAUUACCUCUUCGAUACCUUGACCAAGUAUGGAGGCGACUUUCCAAAAGACUUCUGGGACACUCUUUGGAGACAGCAAUUAUAUCCCAUCUUCAUGGUGCUGCAAGAUCGCAAGGCCAUCAGUCACGAAGCCGUUAACCAUGAGGAGCUGUCGGUAUGGCUGUCGACCACAUUGAUUCAAGCACUGCGAAAUAUGAUCAGCUUGUUCACACACUUCUUUGAGAGCCUGGAAUAUAUGCUGGAUCGCUUCCUGGACCUGCUUGCGCUCUGCAUCUGCCAGGAGAAUGAUACCUUGGCCAGGAUUGGCAGCAAUUGCCUUCAGCAGCUGAUUCUUCAAAAUGUCAAGAAAUUCACACCACAGCACUGGGAGAAGAUCGUUCGCGCAUUUGUCGAUCUGUUCAACAGGACAGAAGCCAAGGAGCUGUUCUCAGCUGCAACGUCGAGCAAUUAUUCCAAGGACAAUUCGUAUUCCCACGAAAGUCCAUCGCGACCGAGAGGCAUAUCGACUGCCGAUGAUGCUUCGAUUGCAGAGAACACGAACGCCUUGAAGAUUAACGGUUUGUCCGAGGAUGAUGACACAGCUACCACGAAUGGCGACGGGCACGUUGAGACGUCUUCGUUGUCACUGUCUUCCGACCACGAUCGUAGCCCAUCACCGGCCCAGACACCUCGCAACAAGCGAACAGAACUUGAAGACUUCAGCAACGUGCAGUCCAAGCAGCAAGCGCCAAUUGUCGUGACAGCCGCGCGAAGACGAUACUUCAACCAAAUCAUCACAAAAUGCGUCCUUCAGCUCCUGAUGAUCGAGACGGUAUCCGAGCUCUUCAACAACGACGCAGUCUACUCCUCCAUCCCAUCCCACCUCUUGCUCCGCCUCAUGAAGCUCCUCAAAACCUCAUACCACUUCGCCAAGCGUUUCAACGAAGACCGCGACCUCCGCACGCGCCUCUUCCGCGAAGGCUUCAUGAAACAACCGCCCAACCUCCUCAAACAAGAAAGCGGAUCCGCCAGCGUCUACGUGCUCAUCCUCCUCCGCAUGUACGCCGACCAAUCCCCCGAACGCGCCGCUUCCCGCCCCGAAACCGAAUCGGCCCUCAUCCCCCUCUGCACCGACAUCAUCGCCUCCUACAUCUCGCUCGACGAAGAAACGCAGCAACGCAACAUCGUCACCUGGCGUCCCGUCGUCAUCGACGUUUUGGAAGGUUAUGUCGCGUUCCCUGACGCAGAGUUUGAGAAGCACGUUGAAGUUUUCUCGCCGCUUGCUGUCGGGCUUAUGAAUCGUGAUAUGGGGCCGGAAUUGCAGAGGGCUGUCCAAGGGCUUUGGCAGAGGGUUUGUGAGGUUCGACUGGGGUUGAGAUUGGAUGAGGCGCUUUUGCCGGUGCAGACGCCGAGUAGUCCUAGGGCUGUUAAUGUUUUUGGGACGAGGAGGGGGAGUCGGGGGUCGGUUGUUAGGGUGGUUGGUGGGAAAUCGUAA